AUGGAGCAGCAGGCCAAUGCCCCACCAGAGGCAAGGGCCAUCGUCAACUUCCUCCGUUCAUCGUCACAGAUCCCGCUCAGGAAUGGCAUCCUCGGCGGCACUCGCUACCCUUACUUCCACGGCACUCGAGCUGUCGCUGCCCUCCUUUCGCCAGCCUAUGCCAAGCUAGCAGCGAAGAACAAGCCUCCUCUUCCCGUACCAAAGACUCAAGAGGAGGCAGAGCAGAUAUUGCAUGGUACACUGCCAUUCGCCUUUUUCCUGCGCGUCGAGAGGGGAAACCAGGUCGGCGGAACAAAGAAGCCAGAUGGGGCCACAACGGAGAGAAUGAGGGAGCUCAAGAUUGUACAGCAGCAGAUGUUCAAGAAGGAGAUGCACUUUGCUUGGUUUUACGAAGGCUCGCAGCUACGACUCCAACUCAUGGGCCUCGGCAUGGUCGCCCUUCUCCUCGCUGGCGUCAUGUUUCCCCUAUGGCCACCCAUGAUGCGGUUGGGCGUCUGGUACCUCUCAAUUGGUCUACUCGGCCUCAUUGGAGCAUUCUUUAUCCUCGCCAUCAUCCGACUCAUUCUCUGGGCAGGUAGCGCCAUCAUCGGCAAGGGCUUCUGGCUCUUCCCCAAUCUCUUUGCUGAUGUCGGCUUCGUCGACUCCUUCAUUCCUCUGUGGGAAUGGGACUUGCCUCCGCCUCCAAAG